AUGCCACGAGAGGUGCUGGGUGGAAGUUGGUGCGAUCACGGAGCGAGGGCGCAGCACGAUAUACGUAGCAGGACUCCAAGGCCGCCAAUGGUCUUCGCUUAUUGGGCGUCUACACCGCUCGUUGUUCGCCGCCACUUCAAUGGAUUCCUCGUUCAGUGCGAGGCCUGCGGUCUUACCAUGGCCCUCAUAGUGUCGCGCACCCAAAUCCUUCUUAUCCGCAGGCGGGAAAGCGGCCCCAACGACCGGUUGGCUCGCCUCGUUCGGCCACAUCGACGAUCAAUUCAGGGACAUCCGCUGCAGCUACAGUAUCACUCUUAG